AUGACGAAGGUAGAUGAAUUGGUGCCACAUCCGGUGAAAGAGCAGCUCCCUGGAGUCGACUUCUGUGUCAAUAGUAAUCCUUCAUGGCUUGAAGCCAUCAUUCUGGGUUUUCAGCACUAUCUGGUAAUGCUUGGGACCUUGGUUAUCAUUGCAAGAGUCAUUGUUCCUCAGAUGGGUGGUGGAAAUGCAGAGAAGGCUCAAGUGGUACAGACUUUGCUCUUUGUUGCUGGAAUUAACACACUAUUGCAGACUUGGUUUCUAAGCCCUCUCUCUGCUGUUCCUCUGGUUACACUUGUUGGACUGGGGCUUUACACAAAUGGUUUCCCACUGCUGGCAGAAUGUGUCGAGGUUGGGCUCCCAGAGUUGAUUAUACUAAUUUUCUUAUCUCAGUAUAUUCCUCACAUGUGGAAAACGAAACGACCAAUAAUAGAUCGAUUUGCUGUCGUACUCUCGGUAGGCAUAGUAUGGGCAUAUGCAGCCCUUCUAACUGCAGCAGGUGCAUACAAAAAUAGACCUGCAAGUACUCAGUUUAGUUGCCGUGUUGAUCGCUCCGGGCUCGUCAGUGGCGCUUCUUGGAUAAAGGUUCCAUAUCCAUUCCAGUGGGGUCAACCCAAUGUCGGUGCUGGGGAUGCCUUUGUAAUGAUGGCAGCUGCUUUGGUUGCUCUUAUUGAGUCAACGGGUGCAUUUAUUGCUGCUGCAAGAUUUGGGAGUGCCACACAUGUACCAUCUUCUGUUCUCAGCCGUGGUGUUGGCUGGCUGGGAGUGAGCUUGUUGUUGGAUGGUUUAUGGGGUACAGGAAGUGGCUCUACUGUUUCAGUGUAA